GAUUCAAAUAUUCAAGCUCAAGGACUACUAACUUGAAUUGGUUGCGACGCCGUCUACCUAGUCACAUGAUACUACAAGUUUGAUACAACAUCGACUUAUAGAAGUUCAGCAAAUGCCAAGAUGGACUGGAAGCCUGCUCCGCUUGACGUCUCCCACCCUCCAGAUCUUGUCCUAACAAACAAUCUGGACGUGGAUCCUGAUUUCGCAGACAAUUUCGCUCGUUGCGCCAGGUGGUGUGCAGAUGGAUCAAGCUUUCUCAUCCAGUGCGAAAACAGGGCAUUUCAGCUGUUUAAUCUGUCAUUCUCCGCUCACCAUAAGCGUACAUUCUCGCAGUCCUCAGCGGUCCUCAAUUUUGCUUGGUAUCCUGGGGCAUCAUCCAGCAAUGCUCCAGCUUACUGUUUCGUCGCUUCUGUGCGUGACUGUCCAGUGAAGCUUCUGGAUGCUUCGGAUGGAAGGCUGAGAGCCUCGUACCCGAUUAUCGAUCAUCGUGAGAGGUUCAUCGCUCCUCAUAGUCUCGCGUUCAACUUAACAGCCAAUAAGCUAUACUGCGGUUUCGAAGAUGCCAUCGAGAUAUUCGACAUACAACAACCUGGGGAGGGCGAUCGGCUCCCGACCACGCCUUCCAAGAAGAGCAAGGAUGGCCUCAAAGGCAUCGUAUCCAGCAUAGCUUUUUCCUCCUCUUAUGACUACUACGCGAUCGGCAGCCUAACACCUUCCUCACAAGCAAUGGACAAUAUUGCGCUGUAUUCGGAGUCAAAUCAAGCAGCCAUCAUGCCUAUAGGAGGCGCAUAUUCUCAAUCCGGAGUCACGCAGCUGAAGUUUAACCCGACAAAACCGCAUAUUUUGUAUGCUGCAUUUCGUCGACACGAUGCUAUAUAUGCAUGGGACCUUCGCAGUGAUACAUCUGUACCUGUGAAAGUUUUCAGGAUGUCCCCUGAUUCUCGCAAAACCUUAACCAAUCAAAAAAUCGAAUUCGACAUAGAUUGCGCUGGAAGAUUGUUGAGCGUCGGUGAUCAGAAUGGAUGUGUUUCGAUGUUUGACCUCGGGGAUUCGGACGAAUUGGAUUCUGAACAGUCAUCGGUGAUUUCGCUGCAAAAUAUCGCCCCAGAGAUGACUUUCAACGCACACGGAGAUGUGGUUGGCUGCGUGGCAUUUCAGCCCUUGCACUCUAAUCUUCUGUCAGCAUCGGGCUCACGCCAUUUUGAUGAGGACAUUAGGGAGGGUGAUUCUAGCGAUUCCGACGGGGAUUCAACAGACCAAGAGUCGGACUUUGAGAGCCAAAAUAUGGUCGCAGUGUCAAGGCACCGACCACUUCCAUAUGUCAAAGACUCUUCUUUGAAGUUGUGGUCAUUCGACCCCACGCGGACCGUACAUCACGCUUGAUUGUUACUUAUUUCGAGGCGCCCGAAUGCCAUUGGACCUGCUUUAUUGCUCACAGUCCAGGU